CUGCAUAAAUGCCUGGAGUGUGGAAGGAGUUUCAGUCACAGGAGCAGCCUUUAUAGACAUCAAAGGAUCCACUCUGGAGAGAAACCAUUUAAAUGCCUGGAAGAGAAACAGAAUAAAUGCCUGGAGUGUGGAAAGAGCUUCAAUAUGAGGGGAAGCCUUUAUACACACCAAAGAAUCCACUCAGGAGAAAAACCGCAUAAAUGCCUGGAGUGUGGAAAGUGCUUCAGUCAGAGGGGACACCUUUAUAGACAUCAAAGAAUACACUCAGGAGAGAAACCAUUUAAAUGCCUGGAGUGUGGAAAGAGCUUCAAUGUAAGUGGAAACCUUUAUACACACCAAAGAAUCCACUCAGGAGAGAAACUGCAUAAAUGUCUGGAGUGUGGAAAGAGCUUCAGUCAGAGGGGAAGCCUUUAUAGACAUCAAAGAAUACACUCAGGAGAGAAACCAUUUAAAUGCCUGGAGUGUGGAAAGAGCUUCAAUCGGAGGGGAAACCUUUAUGCACAUCAAAGAAUCCACUCAGGAGAAAAACCGCAUAAAUGUCUGGAGUGUGGAAAGAGCUUCAGUCUGAGGGGAAACCUUUAUGCACAUCAAAGAAUCCACACAAGCAGAGAAACCCUAAAUGAACUCUUGUACCUGGGGAACUACUUGUAA